GACCCACCGUCGGGAUCAGGAUCGCUCGCGCGGCGGCGGCGUCGCCAUGAUGGAUCCGGAGAUGAUGCGGAUGGCGCAGGAGCAGAUGCGCCGGAUGUCCCCCGACGACCUCGCCAGGAUGCAGCAGCAGAUGAUGUCCAAUCCUGACCUUAUAAAGCUAGCAUCCGAGAGUAUGAAAAACAUGAGACCCGAGGACUUCAAACGAGCCGCUCAGCAGCUCAAUCAGACAAGGCCAGAGGAGAUGCUAAAUAUGACCGAAAAAAUUGCCAACGCUAAGCCUGAGGAAUUUGCUGCUAUGAAGGCCCAAGCUGAUGCUCAAAUGUCAUAUGCCAUAUCUGGUGCCAAGAUGUUGAAGCAGCAGGGAAAUGAACUUCACAGCCGUGGGCAGUAUACUGAUGCUGCUGCCAAGUACAAGCUGGCCAAGGAUAACCUGAAGAACAUACCAUCAGCAGCUGGGCAAACUCUGCAGUUGCAGUGUGCCCUUAAUUUAAUGUCUUGUUACCUGAAAUCAGCAAAGUUUGAGGAAUGUGUAAAUGAAGGUUCAGAGGUUCUAACUUACGACUCGAACAAUGUUAAAGCAUACUACCGAAGGGGUCAGGCAUACAAAGAACUAGGAAACCUGGAAGCUGCUGUUGCUGACUUGAGUAAAGCCCAUGCAAUCUCUCCGGAGGAUGAAACUAUUGCUGAGGUUCUGAGAGACACGGAAGAAAAACUUGCAACUGAGGGGGGAGGAGCAAACCUGCCAAAAGGAGUUGUUAUUGAAGAAAUUGUAGAAGAUAGUUCAGAGCCGUCAAGCACUCAAAGGAGUUCAUCUACUGGGUAUACUGUUUCAGAACCACAUGAAAGAGCAGGAAACUCAAAACAACCUGACUCCUCAGAAAGCUUAAGGAAUGACCCUGCUACUGUCAGGUCAUUUCAAAAUUAUGUGUCAAAUAGUGAUGUCGGGGGGUUAUCGAAUCUGGGCAUCGGAGGAAUGUCACCUGAGCUAGUUCAAACUGCCAGCAAUAUGAUCGGCACAAUGAAACCAGAAGAACUACAAAAGAUGUUUCAGGCUGCUUCUUCAUUAAAUGGAACAAACCCCGUUGCUCCAAAUUUCGGAUCUAAUAUGCCAGAAAUAUCACCUGAUAUGAUGAAUAUAGCAUCUGACAUGAUGAGCAAGAUGUCUCCUGAUGAACUGCAAAAUAUGCUGAUGUUGGCUUCUGAAAUUGGUGGACCCAGUAGUGCCCCUCUGAGACCAGGGAGUAAUUUGCAUCCUUCAUCAAGAGCCACAACGAGUGCGAAUAACUUCCAGCCCCCAUCUCCGCAAGAGGUUACGGAGAACCCUGAUGAAAUAGUAAACCGAAGGAUGGACCAGCCAUCACCCAGUUCUCCACCUGAUAUGCAAGACAUCAUGAAAAAUUCCAUGAAAGACCCUGCAAUGCGGCAGAUGUUUGCAUCCAUGAUGAAGAACAUGAGUCCUGAUAUGAUGGCAAACAUGAGUGCGCAGUUUGGUAUGAACCUGUCGAAGGAGGAUGCUGCCAAAGCCCAAAAAGCUAUGUCUUCAUUAUCUCCUGAAGAUUUAGACAAAAUGAUGAAAUGGAUGGACAGAGCACAGCGAGGAGUAGAAGUAGCAAAGAAGACGAAGAACUGGCUCAUAGGCAGGAAAGGCUUGAUCAUCGCUAUUAUCAUGCUGAUCUUGGCCUUCAUCCUCCAGCGGCUUGGCUUCAUCGGUAGGUGAUGGCCUAAACAUCCAUGAUGGACGAUCACGCCAUGUAUCGGAAGAUCAGAUACAAAUAAUUGUUCAGCAGCGAAAUAGUGCUCUUUCUUUCCAAGUGAGAAACAAUAGUGCGUAAAUGAGCAUCUCCUUGGGAAGGGCUGAGAAAUAGUUAUAUCUGCGCUUGUAUCAUUGUUUAUUCUUUCAUCAUAUGUAUUUAUAGAUUGUAACAAGAUGGAGGUAAAAUUCCCUAGUAUUGUCAUUUGGGCAAGAGGCUGACCUGUAAUGUUAUAGACGUCUUGUGUUAUUUUGCACCAUAGAAUAUGCAAACUUUUGUUGGAA